GCGGUCGACCGCGAGGACGGCCGUCCGCACUUCAGACUCAAGUCGGCCGGCGGCAGCUCAGCGUGUGCGCGUGCGAUCGCUCGCAAGGAAGCAAAGGCCAUGCGCGUCGUUUUGUUCGCAACAUGCCUCUUCUUGGGGUCGUGCUGGGCCGCCAAAGGGCCCAAGGUCACCAUCACGCAGGGAACCUUGGUCGGAAAAACGAUGACCUCCCGGUCUGGAAUUAAAUUUUCCGCCUUCCAAGGCAUCCCGUACGCUGCACCGCCAGUAGGAGAGCUACGAUUUCAGGCACCCCAAGAGGCAGCGGGCUGGACCGGCGAGCGAGUAGCCCAGAGGGAAGGCAACGACUGCGCCCAGCGGCAUUUCAUUUUGCCCCAGUUCACCGGCUCGGAAGACUGCCUUUACCUCAAUGUUUACACACCCAAGCUCGAGGCUGGGGAAAGUCUGCCGGUUAUGGUGUGGAUCCACGGCGGCGGAUUCUCGUCCGGCUCGGGCGGCACUGAAAUGUACGGCCCCGAACUUCUGCUGGACCGUGGCAUUGUCCUUGUCUCGAUUAAUUAUCGCCUAGGCAUGCUUGGCUUCCUCAAUUUGGGAGUAGCCGAGUUUCCAGGCAACUACGGUCUCAAAGAUCAAGUAGCCGCGUUGAGGUGGGUGCAGAACAACAUUGCGGCUUUUGGCGGCGAUCCAAACUCGGUGACCAUCUUCGGCGAGAGCGCUGGCGGCGCGAGCAUUAAUUACCUGCUCAUUUCUCCGCUUACUAAAGGUCUCUUUCACCGGGCAAUUAUCCAAAGCGGCUCCGUGUUCAAUCCAUGGGCGAGCCUUCCAGACGCGGAAAGAGUCAGUUUGGAGUCGAGCAAGAACGUAGGAUGCGACCAGGAAGACCUGAGCGAUUUAGCCGACUGUCUGCGAAAGGUCGAGAUCAGGAAAUUCGGCGAGGAGGGAAUCGCGAUGAAAAGCCGGGAGCGGCGCAUCGUCGAUUUUGCGCCGAGUGUGGAGCCGGAAGACACUGAAAAUCCAUUUUUGCCGCGGGACCCCAGGCAGCUGACCAUGCACGACGUCCCGAUAAUCACUGGCGUGACCACUCAUGAAGGAAUGCUUCAUUUCUUGUUUAAAAAGCCACUGAGCGUUGAAAAGGAGUUUGGAGAAAAUAAAGACUUUUAUGUGAUGAAAGACCUGAAGCUGAAGGAAAAUUCACCGCUGUGGCUGAAAAUCUGGAAUAAAAUUGAAACGUUCUACAAAUCUAUGCCAGGCGACGAGAUGGAACAAUUUUUGACUAUGGCAACUGAUGUUGAUUUUAUUGUCGGAAUUGACCAGUCACUGAGAACAGCUGUGGCAUCGGAUAGGAAGAGCCCAGCCUACGUUUAUGAAUUCACCCACGACGGAACGUUGACGUUGCUCAAAACCCUGGCGCAGAUUAAAAGACCAGGCACAUGCCACGCUGACGAACUUGGAUACCUUUUCACGCAAGGAAUGCUGCCUGGUUGGAAAAAAGCUCCAGCUAACGACAAGCGAGUGAUUGACUUGAUGACAACUUUAUGGACCAAUUUCGCCAAGACAGGGAACCCAACUCCUGACGACUCGUUGGGCGCUAAUUGGCUGCCGGUGGAGAAGACAAGCAAUAAGCCUGAAGAAUUAGUCACGCGGUACUUGGACAUCGGUGAAAACCUGGUCAUGAAGGACGAGAGUUUGAAUAAGGAGAGAGUGCAGUUUUGGCAGGAAAUUUACAGCGAGAGCAGAAGAGCUCGCAGAGAAGAGCUGUGAUACAUAUUUAAAUACAUUAUUAUUAGUGAUAUAAAGUGCAGAAUUUUUCGCUCUCUGCGCAAGUCAAAGAAAUACUGUUCAUACUAGACAUGUUAGCAACCCUAGGAUUAGGUCCUAAGAGCAUCUUGAUUUGAUUUCAGACAACAUUUGGCGUAGUGCGUUUCCUGUUUAGGUCCUGUAUUUGUAUUUUUAAUGCAGAAACUAUUUAAUAAACUUUUACUGCAAGGCUGAUUAUUUCUGCCAAUUAA